UGGUAUCAGAGCACGGUCACCGUAGUACAAGGUUCAACGACCUCCGGUGCUAAUCGAAAUGGCGUCGGGUUCCAAGAAUAAUGCUCCACUCUAUUUGGCUGACGGAUUCUCUCAAAAUCGGCCUCCCAGGUUUGAAGGAGUUAAUUAUGGAUAUUGGAAAAAUCGCAUGGAAUUAUUUGUUGGAUCUACAGAUCCAAAACUCUGGGCUAGAGUCAUCAAGGGUCCGUAUGAGCUCAAAGAGGAUCAAGAAAAAUGGACUAACGAGGACUUCGAGAAAUUUCAGCAAAACUGCAAGGCAACUAAUCUCAUGUACUGCGCUCUCGGUCCAGAAGAAUAUCACAAAGUUGAGGUUGCAAGACUGCUAAGGAAAUUUGGGAUAAACUUCAGGUUACGUAUGAAGGUACAUCUCAAGUCAAAACUUCUCGAAUUAAUUCCUUAAAACAGCAAUUCGAGUUGUUCAAAAUGGAAGAAGGAGAAACAAUCCGGCAAAUGUACGAGCGUUUCACAAACAUUGUGAACACUUUGGAGAAUCUUGGAAAAUCGUACGAAAGUGGAGAUCUUGUUAGAAAGAUUCUAUGGAGUCUCCCAGAGCAAUGGACUCCUAAGGUAACCGCAAUAGAGGAAGCUAAAGAUCUAGAGAAGUUAGCUAUAGAUGAACUCAUCGGGUCAUUAGUAACUAAUGAAGACAAGCUCAACAAGGGAAAUCAUGAUAAAGGGAAAAAGGGGAUAGCCUUCAAGGCUACCACAUACAAUGAAGACACAGAAGAUCUCGAUGAUAUGGAGGAUGAAGAAUUGGCUCUACUAAGCAAACAAAUUAGUAGACUACUUCAAGUAAGAAGAGAAAAACGAAGAGGAAACUUCAUCAACAAGAAUAGAGAAGUUGAGAAAGAAGGUGGUACAUCAAAAUAUCCUCAAUCAAGAACAUUCCACAAAAGAAGGAUUGAACAACCUCAGCCGGGAAAGGGUCAAAUCACUACCGGAUGCUUUAGAUGUGGAAAAACUGGGCAUAUCAAGGCUGAAUGUCCUCUAGCAAGAAAAGAACGAGCCAUGGCUGCAACAUGGAGCUGCAGCGAAGAAGAAGAUGAGGAUGGAGAGGAAACAAGAGAAGAAAGCUACAUGGCUAUUGAUGUUGAAAAGCCAUCAGAAUGACAUAACUCAAACGAGGUAAAACCUUCCAACCAUACUCAUUUCAGUGACAGUGAUUACUAUAGUGAUGAUGAUCUAUUAGUAUCCACUAUUAAGGAAAUUCAGUUAGAGUUUGGAAAUGUCAAAGUAAAAUACUCUAAACUGAAAUCUGAUCAUGCCAAAAUAAACAUUGAAUAUGAUAAAUUAAAGAAGGAGGCAAUCAGAUUAAACGAAGAGUUAGAUGAAACUGCUAAGAAAGUUGAAGUUUUAGA